ACUCAGUAACUUGUCAAACACGGAGUAAACAAACUGUGUCCAUAUUAUUCUAACAAUUUUACUGUGAAUAUUUAAUAUUUAGUGUUAAAUAAAGAAAAUAUAAAACCUUAUUUUAUAAAUGCAGAUUAUAAAAAGUAUAAAAACUUUUUUCUAGAACGUUCGUAAGUGUUCCAUUUUCGAAUCUUGACAGAUGUCAGCUGUGAAUUUCCCGCGCUAAAUGGGAGUCAAUUGAUGAAUUUCACCACAUCAAGCAAAGACCAAAAAGUGCAGUGCAUAAUACUUUAAUUAAUAAAACUUUUUUAACCGGACAAAAUGAAGUCCACAUUAAUACUGUGUGUGUUAUUAACGACAUUAGCUUCUGUGUUAAGCUCCACUUAUUUCUUCGGCAAAGAAACCAAGGACACGAAGAUAAUACAUAGAGAUAAACUAAGAUAUGAGGCCAUACCUUUGAAGAAACGGAUCAAGACUUAUACGUAUAACGGAACGGCGCCUAUAAAGGCAAUAAGCUGUUACGACUUCCAGAACAGCGAGGCUUCAGUGAACAUCACUUCAGGAGGCAUCGGCUACAACUAUGUGGAACUUAGGCUAAAAAGCCAAAGAAGUUAUAGACUAGACUUCGCUAUAGAGAUUUAUGCAUAACACGCCUUUUUAAGAAAAGAUUAUAGCACUUUCACACU